AUGGAUCCAAGAUUUACUGGUGGGCAACCACAAUUUAUUCUUGUUCCACCUGGUUCUGUACCAGUACCGAUUCUUAAUCAAGUACCAGUAAUGAUGCAGCCAGCACCAUUUCCUGUAUUUGUACAACAACCAGCACAAGGUACGAUUCCAUUACAACGACCUGUCCUACCAACAACAGGACCAGCUUUACAACAAACUGCGUCAAUCCCAAUGGAUUACAUGGCUGAAGAUCGUUUGCAAGAAAAAGCACGUCGAUGGCAGCAAUUACAAACAAAACGUUAUGCUGACAAGCGACGUUUUGGUUUCACGGAUAUACAAAAAGAAGAUAUGCCAGCUGAACACAUACGAAAAAUCAUCCGUGAUCAUGGUGAUAUGACAAACAGAAAGUUUCGUCAUGAUAAACGUGUCUAUUUGGGUGCUUUAAAAUAUAUGCCACAUGCUGUACUUAAAUUACUUGAAAAUAUGCCUAUGCCAUGGGAACAAAUACGCAAUGUUAAAGUUAUUUAUCAUAUAACAGGUGCAAUAACAUUUGUGAAUGAAAUUCCGUGGGUUAUUGAACCGGUUUUUAUUGCUCAAUGGGGUACUAUGUGGAUUAUGAUGAGACGUGAAAAACGUGAUCGUCGACAUUUUAAGCGAAUGCGUUUUCCACCUUUUGAUGAUGAAGAACCACCAUUGGAUUAUGCUGAUAAUAUUCUUGAUGUCGAACCACUGGAAGCAAUACAAUUACAAUUAGAUCCAGAAGAAGAUAGAGCUAUAUACGAAUGGUUUUAUGACCAUAAACCAUUAACUGACACAAAAAUGGUCAAUGGUUCAACAUAUCGUCGAUGGCAAUUAACAUUACCAAUUCUUUCUACACUUUAUCGUAUGGGUAAUCAAUUAUUAACUGAUCUUGUUGAUGACAAUUAUUUCUACUUGUUUGAUUUGAAAUCAUUUUUUACUGCGAAAGCACUCAAUAUUGCUAUUCCUGGUGGUCCUAAGUUUGAACCACUUGUUAAAGAUAUUAAUCCAAAUGAUGAAGAUUGGAAUGAAUUUAAUGAUAUAAACAAAAUAAUUAUUCGUCAGCCAAUACGUACAGAAUAUCGUAUUGCAUUUCCAUAUCUAUAUAAUUCAUAUCCAUUUAAAGUAUAUCUUGCUUGGUAUCAUACUCCGAAUGUUGUAUUUAUCAAAACUGAAGAUCCCGAUUUGCCAGCUUUUUAUUUUGAUCCAUUAAUCAAUCCAAUAGCGCAUCGCCAUACAACAAAAUCAAUUGAUACACAUAUUGAUCUUUUAACUCAAGAUCAAGAUGAUGAUGAAGAAUUUGUUCUACCCGAAGAAUUCGAACCACUAUUAACUGGUUUACCAUUGUACACAGAUAAUACAGCAAAUGGUAUCGCAUUAUUAUGGGCACCACGUCCAUUUAAUCUGCGAUCUGGUCGAACACGACGUGCACUUGAUAUUCCAUUAGUCAAAACGUGGUAUUGUGAGCAUUGUCCAAGUGAACAUCCAGUCAAAGUACGUGUUUCCUAUCAGAAAUUAUUAAAAUGCUUCGUUCUAAACGCUUUACAUCAUCGUAAACCAAAACCGCAAAAAAAACGCUAUCUAUUUCGUUCAUUUAAAUCAACAAAAUUCUUUCAAUCAACAACACUCGAUUGGGUUGAAGUUGGUUUACAAGUUUGUCGUCAAGGUUAUAAUAUGUUAAAUUUAUUAAUUCAUCGUAAAAAUUUAAAUUAUCUUCAUUUGGAUUAUAAUUUUAAUUUAAAACCGGUUAAAACAUUAACAACAAAAGAACGUAAAAAAUCACGUUUUGGAAAUGCAUUUCAUUUAUGUCGUGAAAUAUUACGGUUAACUAAAUUAAUUGUUGAUAGUCAUGUACAAUAUCGUUUAGGUAAUGUUGAUGCAUUUCAAUUAGCUGAUGGUUUACAAUAUACAUUUGCACAUGUUGGUCAAUUAACUGGAAUGUAUCGUUAUAAAUAUAAAUUAAUGAGACAAAUACGUCUAUGUAAAGAUUUAAAACAUUUGAUUUAUUAUCGUUUCAAUACGGGACCUGUUGGCAAAGGACCUGGUUGUGGUAUUUGGGCACCUGGUUGGCGUAUAUGGUUAUUCUUUUUACGUGGUGUUACACCAUUAUUAGAACGUUGGUUAGGUAAUUUAUUAUCACGUCAAUUUGAAGGUCGCCAUUCAAAAGGUAUUGCUAAAACAGUUACUAAACAACGUGUUGAAUCACAUUAUGAUUUGGAAUUACGUGCUGCUGUUAUGCAUGACAUAUUAGAUAUGAUGCCUGAGAGUAUUAAACAAAAUAAAGCACGAACUAUUUUACAACAUUUAAGUGAAGCAUGGCGUUGUUGGAAAGCAAAUAUUCCAUGGAAAGUGCCAGGUUUACCUAUUCCCAUUGAAAAUAUGAUAUUACGUUAUGUUAAAGCUAAAGCUGAUUGGUGGACAUCAACAGCACAUUAUAAUCGUGAACGUAUAAGACGUGGCGCAACCGUUGAUAAAACUGUUUGUAAAAAAAAUCUAGGCCGGUUAACACGUCUUUUUUUGAAAUCAGAACAAGAACGACAACAUAACUAUCUCAAAGAUGGCCCUUACAUAACAGCUGAAGAAGCCGUUGCUAUUUAUACAACUGUUGUACAUUGGCUUGAAUCUCGACGUUUUUCGCCGAUACCAUUUCCACCAUUGGCAUAUAAACAUGAUACAAAAUUACUUAUAUUAGCAUUAGAACGUUUAAAAGAAGCAUACAGUGUUAAAUCAAGAUUGAAUCAAUCGCAACGAGAAGAAUUAGGUUUAAUUGAACAAGCAUAUGAUAAUCCACAUGAAGCUUUAUCACGUAUUAAACGUCAUCUUUUAACACAACGUGCAUUUAAAGAAUGUGGCAUUGAAUUUAUGGAUUUAUAUAGUCAUUUGAUACCGGUUUAUGAUGUUGAACCAUUAGAAAAAAUUACUGAUGCCUAUUUAGAUCAAUAUCUAUGGUAUGAAGCUGAUAAACGUCGACUUUUUCCAGCAUGGCUUAAGCCAGCUGAUAGUGAACCACCCCCAUUACUUGUUUACAAAUGGUGUCAAGGUAUAAAUAAUCUUCAAGAUAUUUGGGAUACAAACGAAGGUGAAUGUAAUGUGAUGUUGGAAUCACAUUUUGAAAAAAUCUAUGAAAAAAUUGAUCUUACACUAUUAAAUCGUUUACUUCGUCUUAUUGUUGAUCAUAACAUAGCUGAUUAUAUGACAGCAAAAAAUAAUAUUGUACUUAAUUAUAAAGAUAUGAAUCAUGUUAAUUCCUAUGGCAUUAUUCGUGGUUUACAAUUUGCUUCAUUUGUUGUUCAAUAUUUUGGUCUUGUGCUUGACUUGUUAGUGUUAGGUUUACAACGUGCAUCAGAUAUGGCUGGUUUACCUCAAACACCAAAUGAUUUCUUAACAUAUCAAGAAGUUGCAAUUGAAACUGCUCAUCCAAUACGUCUUUAUUGUCGUUAUAUUGAUCGAAUUCAUAUAUUUUUCCGAUUUACAGCUGAUGAAGCUCGUGAUUUAAUUCAACGUUAUUUAACUGAACAUCCUGAUCCAAAUAAUGAAAACAUUGUUGGUUAUAAUAAUAAAAAAUGUUGGCCACGUGAUGCACGUAUGCGUUUAAUGAAGCAUGAUGUUAAUUUAGGUCGUGCUGUUUUUUGGGAUAUUAAAAAUCGUUUACCACGUUCGGUAACAACAAUUUUAUGGGAAACAAGUUUUGUUUCUGUUUAUUCAAAAGAUAAUCCAAAUUUAUUAUUUAAUAUGUGUGGUUUUGAAUGUCGCAUAUUACCAAAGAUACGUAUGACACACGAGGAAUUUGUACAUAAAGAUGGUGUUUGGAAUUUACAAAAUGAAACAACAAAAGAACGUACAGCACAAUGUUUUCUACGCGUUGAUGAUGAAUCAAUGAAUCGUUAUCAUAAUCGUGUAAGACAAAUUUUAAUGGCAUCUGGUUCGACAACAUUUACUAAAAUAGUUAAUAAAUGGAAUACAGCUUUAAUUGGAUUAAUGACCUAUUUCCGUGAAGCUGUUGUCAAUACGCAAGAAUUAUUGGAUUUACUUGUUAAAUGUGAAAAUAAAAUUCAAACACGUAUUAAAAUUGGUUUAAAUUCAAAAAUGCCUUCACGUUUCCCACCUGUUGUAUUCUAUACACCAAAAGAAUUAGGUGGUUUAGGAAUGUUAUCCAUGGGACAUGUUUUAAUUCCUCAAUCAGAUCUUCGUUGGUCAAAACAAACUGAUGUUGGCGUAACACAUUUUCGUUCCGGUAUGAGUCAUGAUGAAGAUCAACUUAUACCAAAUUUGUAUCGUUAUAUUAUGCCAUGGGAAGCUGAAUUUAUUGAUUCACAACGUGUUUGGGCUGAAUAUGCACUUAAACGACAAGAAGCUAAUACACAAAAUAAACGUUUAACAUUAGAAGAUCUUGAAGAUUCUUGGGAUAGAGGCAUUCCACGUAUUAAUACGUUAUUUCAAAAAGAUCGACAUGUACUUGCUUAUGAUAAAGGUUGGCGUGUAAGAACUGAUUUCAAACAAUAUCAGAUCCUUAAACAAAAUCCAUUUUGGUGGACACAUCAACGACAUGACGGAAAAUUAUGGAAUUUAAAUAAUUACCGUACAGACAUGAUUCAAGCAUUAGGUGGUGUUGAAGGCAUUCUUGAACACACACUUUUUAAAGGAACAUAUUUUGCAACAUGGGAAGGUCUCUUUUGGGAAAAAGCAUCUGGCUUCGAAGAAUCUAUGCGUUGGAAAAAAUUAACAAAUGCUCAACGUUCAGGUUUAAAUCAAAUUCCAAAUCGUCGUUUUACACUAUGGUGGAGUCCAACAAUAAACCGUGCUAAUGUUUAUGUUGGCUUUCAAGUACAACUUGAUUUAACUGGUAUUUUUAUGCACGGUAAAAUUCCAACAUUGAAAAUAUCAUUAAUUCAAAUAUUUCGUGCACAUUUAUGGCAAAAAAUUCAUGAAAGUGUUGUUAUGGAUCUUUGUCAAGUAUUUGAUCAAGAAUUAGAUGCAUUAGAAGUUGAAACUGUACAAAAAGAAACAAUUCAUCCAAGAAAAUCUUAUAAAAUGAAUUCAUCAUGCGCCGAUAUUCUUCUAUUUGCUGCAUAUAAAUGGAAUAUCAGUAAACCAUCAUUAUUAGCUGAUUCAAAAGAUGUUAUGGAUAACACAACAUCACAAAAAUAUUGGCUUGACGUACAAUUACGUUGGGGUGAUUAUGAUUCACAUGAUAUUGAACGUUAUGCUCGUGCGAAAUUUCUUGAUUAUUCAACAGAUAAUAUGUCACCUUAUCCGUCACCAACCGGUGUUAUGAUUGCUCUUGAUUUAGCAUAUAAUUUACAUAGCGCAUUCGGUAAUUGGUUUCCUGGUUCUAAACCAUUAAUUCAACAAGCUAUGGCUAAAAUAAUGAAAGCAAAUCCAGCUUUAUAUGUUUUACGUGAACGCAUACGUAAAGGUUUACAAUUAUAUUCAUCUGAACCAACUGAACCAUAUUUAUCAUCACAAAAUUAUGGAGAAUUAUUCUCAAAUCAAAUCAUUUGGUUUGUUGAUGAUACCAAUGUUUACCGUGUCACCAUACAUAAAACUUACGAAGGAAAUCUAACAACGAAACCAAUCAAUGGUGCCAUAUUUAUUUUUAAUCCACGUACAGGACAAUUAUUUUUGAAAAUUAUUCAUACAUCGGUCUGGGCUGGCCAAAAACGUUUAGGACAAUUAGCUAAAUGGAAAACAGCUGAAGAAGUUGCAGCUUUAAUUCGUUCAUUACCAGUUGAAGAACAACCGAAACAAAUUAUUGUUACCCGUAAGGGUAUGUUGGAUCCAUUGGAAGUUCAUUUACUUGACUUUCCAAACAUUGUCAUCAAAGGUAGUGAAUUACAAUUACCAUUUCAAGCUUGUCUUAAAGUUGAAAAAUUCGGUGAUUUAAUCUUAAAAGCAACUGAACCUCAAAUGGUUAUGUUUAAUUUAUAUGAUGAUUGGUUAAAAUCGAUAUCGUCAUAUACUGCAUUUUCACGUUUAAUUCUUAUUUUGAAAGCAUUACACGUUAAUAAUGAUCGAGCUAAAAUGAUUUUAAAACCUGAUAAAACAACAAUAACAGAAAUUCAUCAUAUUUGGCCAACAUUAACUAAUGACGAAUGGAUUAAAGUUGAAGUUUCAUUAAAAGAUUUAAUUUUAGCUGAUUAUGGUAAGAAGAAUAACGUUAAUGUUGCAUCAUUAACACAAAGUGAAAUACGUGACAUUAUAUUGGGUAUGGAAAUAAGUGCACCAAGUGCUCAACGUCAACAAAUAGCUGAAAUUGAAAAGCAAGCAAAAGAUUCAUCACAAUUAACAGCAACAACAACAGAAACAGUUAAUAAACAUGGUGAUAAGAUAAUAACAACAACAACAAGUAAUUAUGAAGCACAAACAUUUGCAUCAAAAACUGAAUGGCGUAUACGAGCUAUAUCAGCAACAAAUUUACAUUUACGUACAAAUCAUAUUUAUGUUUCAUCGGAUGACAUAAAAGAAACGGGUUAUCGAUAUAUUUUACCAAAAAAUAUUUUGAAAAAAUUUAUUAUUAUUUCGGAUCUUCGUACUCAAAUCUCUGGCUAUUUAUAUGGUGUUAGUCCACCGGAUAAUCCACAGAUAAAAGAAAUCCGUUGCGUUGUUUUACCACCACAAUGGGGUACCCAUCAAACUGUUCAUUUACCGAAUUUAUUACCACAACAUGAAUAUCUUAAGGACAUGGAACCACUUGGAUGGAUUCAUACUCAACCCAAUGAAUUACCACAAUUAUCACCACAAGAUAUAACAACACAUGCUAAAGUUAUGAAUGAUCAUGCGUCAUGGGACGGAGAAAAAACAAUUGUAAUAACAUGUUCAUUCACACCUGGUUCAGUUUCUUUAACAGCAUAUAAAUUAACACCAAGUGGUUAUGAAUGGGGUCGAUCAAAUACUGAUCGAGGAAAUAAUCCAAAAGGAUAUGCACCAUCACAUUAUGAGAAAGUUCAAAUGUUAUUAUCUGAUCGUUUCUUAGGAUUCUUCAUGGUACCAGGACAAAGUUCAUGGAACUAUAACUUCAUGGGUGUUCGUCAUGAUGCUAAUAUGAAAUACGAUUUAAUUUUAUCGAAUCCAAAAGAAUUCUAUCAUGAAAUUCAUCGUCCAUCACAUUUUCUUAAUUUCUCUAAUGAAGAGAAUCCUGACACAUAUUCAGCUGAUCGUGAAGAUCGAUUUAGUUAA